AUGCCCUCUGCUGCCCAGGAUAUCCCUGUCCGCAACGGCUCCGGCGCCGCAAACGACCUUUCGCGAACAGUGACAAGCUCUUUCAGCGCCUUAGAUCGAGGUGGGCUUGCUGGCAGUCCUACUGCGACUUUCCAUCACAGCCCUUCCUCGCACCGAUCUGGCUCGAUAUAUGACAGGGCUUCUUCCGCCAAGCCAUUAACACCCUUCAACACCCAAGACAUCAAAGUGCUCCUACUGGAGAACGUCAACGUCACGGGCCAGGAAAUCCUAAAGAAGCAAGGGUACCAGGUCGAGGCGAUCAAGAGCUCGCUUCCAGAAGAUCAGUUGAUUGAGAAGAUCCGCGAUGUACACGUCAUUGGAAUCCGGUCCAAGACCCAGCUCACAUCCAAGGUUCUUAGCGAGGCGAAGAACCUGUUUGUUAUUGGUUGUUUCUGCAUUGGAACCAACCAGGUCGAUCUCAAGGCUGCCGCAGAUCUAGGAAUUUGUGUCUUCAACUCUCCCUUCAGCAAUUCCCGUUCCGUCGCAGAGCUGAUGAUUGGUGAAAUCAUCGCCCUGGCGCGACAGAUCAGCGAUCGAAGCAGCGAACUGCACCGUGGUGUCUGGAACAAGGUCUCUGCAGGAUGCUGGGAGGUUCGAGGCAAGACGUUGGGAAUCGUCGGAUACGGUCACGUAGGAAGUCAGCUUUCGGUCCUGGCCGAAGCGAUGGGCAUGAAGGUGAUUUACUACGAUGUCGUUAACCUCAUGGGUCUCGGCACGUCGACUCAAGUUUCGUCGCUCGAUGAGCUGUUGGCGAACGCUGACUUCGUCACUCUCCAUGUGCCGGAGCUUCCGGAGACCAUGAACAUGAUCGGCGCAGCGCAGUUUGCACAAAUGCGAACUGGAUCUUACCUGCUCAACGCCGCUCGGGGUAGUGUUGUGGACAUCCCUGCUUUAAUCGAGGCCAUGAAGAGCGGCAAACUCGCCGGAGCUGCUAUUGACGUAUAUCCCAACGAGCCUGGCAGCAACGGUGAAACUUUCAACAACCAAUUGAACGAGUGGGCAGCGGAGUUCCAAAGUCUGAAGAACCUCAUUCUCACUCCUCAUAUCGGUGGAUCCACAGAGGAGGCGCAAGCCGCGAUUGGUGUGGAGGUUGCGGAGUCCCUCGUCAACUAUGUCAACUUCGGCACCACUGCAGCUGCCGUCAACAUGCCUGAAGUCACCUUGCGAUCCCUCACACACGACCAGCCCAAUCACGCCCGUAUCAUCUUCAUUCACAAGAACAUUCCUGGUGUGCUGCGAAAGGUGAACGAAAUCUUGGGAGACCACAACGUCGACAAGCAGAUGACUGAUUCGCGCGGUGACAUUGCCUACUUGAUGGCCGAUGUUUCCGAUGUCGAUGUGGCACAAAUCAAGCGCCUACAUGGAGAUCUCGAGGAUCUCGGCAGCAGAAUCAGGACGCGCAUCCUCUACUAG